UCGCCACAGGUAGAAACCCAUGUCACAGCAACACCACCCGCACAAAGUGAGAGGGAGAGAGAAAAAGAGAGCACGUACCUUGAAGAUGGCCGCUCAAGCGCAGGAUGUCGACUUGGACAUUCGUGUCACGUGCAGCGUGUGUCUGGAAUCCUACAGCGGGCGACAACCAAAACUGCUGUCGUGUCACCACACAUUCUGUUUACAGUGUCUCAGCUUCAUUGCUCAGACAUCGGGGUGUGCUGACGAUGGCAGCAAUAACAGUAGCAACAAUGCGCCUACCUUUAUUACCUGCCCCACCUGUCGCAAGGAAUCUUUCAUUCCUCCAGGCGGUGUGGCCGGCUUUCAGACAAAUUUUUAUGUCGAGGGCCUUAACCAAACGCAGCCAGAUGUUUGUGACCUUUGUCGUCUUGAAGGCAAAGAGACAAUCGUGUAUUGUACAGAGUGUGAAAAAUGCCUUUGCUUGGAGUGUUUUCUGCAGCAUGAUAACGAAGGGCACUUAGUGCGACGAAUCUCCAGCAAAGGAAAACCAGAAGAGGACACUGUCACAGACCUCAAAGUAAAGGAGCAGCUGGGAAUGGUUCAGGCCGUGAUAGAGUUGCUGCAAGACGAGGAGUUGGAACUGAAGCACCAAGCACGCUCGGUCAAAGAAGCCAUCAUGACCCAGCACUCCACAACCCUCAUGCAGGCGACCAUACGGGCACGAGAUGAUUGUCUUAGCCGCCUGCGAACAGUCGUGGAGGCGCACAAAUCGCGGCUGAGAGAGGAGCGAGAGGGACUGGAGACCAUGCGAACGGCCCUUAGACAGAUCUCGUCCCCAAAGAGGAUAACCCCCCGUCAUUUCCGACCUUCAACUGUUGCAGACGCGAAGGCAGACCUUCUGACCGCCAGAGACAUGCGGGAUCUUCAGGAACGACUAAAGAUGGGGAGGAAAACAUCGUUCGUCACUAUCCAGACGGAGAGCAGAUCGGCAAACUUGCGCCGCAGCCUUCAAGACUUCAUUGGUUGGGUAAGGUCUACGAGCCACGGUUUCCUUGAAGGCGGCCAAGAAGACACUGCUGAGGAGAUUGCGGGCAAGAGCAGGGGUAUUUAUCCCCCAGACGCGGACUCUGCUGCCCAGGCAUCACCACCACCACCUGCUGCUUCACGUGACGAGGACCACUCCAGGGGCUCGAUAUCGCUGGGGGCCAGGGUGGACAAUCUGAUGGCGCAAGUAGCUGAUCUGAAAACUGAGAACGACGCCUUUAGAAAGGAAUUGUCUGCUCUUCAAGAUACUAAUAGGCAAGAUUUACAGGCCUUGAAAGACGGCCGCUUGAGUCUGCUGCAAGAAGUGACAUCGAUGAAAGAAAAGAAUGCCUUGCUCUGUCAGGAUGUGACAUCACUUGGAGAAGCGAGCAGCAAACUUUGCCUGGACCUGAGUGAGAUGGAGGAAGGGACGUUGAGACUUCGCCAGGAUAUGACGUCAAUACAAGAAGAGUGGCAGGCACGUGACAAGGUCUUGAAGACGGUGGAAAAUGACUUACACUUGAUGUGCAAAGAUGUGACAGGCCUACAGGGAGACAACUCUAAGCUCUUUCAAAGCGUUGAGAAAAUCGAAAACGACAGUUAUCGUCUUGGCCAAGAGUUGGAAUCCGCCAAGAAAGAGAGCUCGCAGCUUAGACAAGACCUCGACCAAGCAGACCACAAUCACAGUCAGCUUCGCCUGGACUUGAGUGAGAUGGAGGAAGGGACGUUGAGACUUCGCCAGGAUAUGACGUCAAUACAGGAAGAGUGGCAGGCACGUGACAAGGUCUUGAAGACGGUGGAAAAUGACUUACACUUGAUGUGCAAAGAUGUGACAGGCCUACAGGGAGACAACGCUAAGCUCUUUCAAAGCGUUGAGAAAAUCGAAAACGACAGUUAUCGGCUUGGCCAAGAGUUGGAAUCCGCCAAGAAAGAGAGUUCGCAGCUCAGACAAGACCUCGACCAAGCAGACCACAAUCAUAGUCAGCUUCGUGAGGAUUUGCAGCGAUGCCUCAGCGAGAUGACGGACUUGCGGCAGGACCAAGGGUCGUGCUUCACCCAGAUGAUGGACUUCCGGCAGGACCUAGAGCAAUGUCUCAAGGACUUCCGUCAAGACUUAAGGUCGUGCCAUAUAAAUAUUGUGGAUACAAGAAAGACACUUUCUUCGUUGGAAAACGAUUUAAAAUCCACUGAUGCGGUCAUCAAAAACUUUGAGUUUUUGUUUAAAACUUUGAUUCCUGACUUUCAGAAAAGCAUUUCUUCCCUGAAAAAAGGUGAGCGAACGCAGAAAGGACAAAUUCGUCAUCUGUACAAGCUAAUCAAACAAGCAGGAGAAGUCAUUGCUUUCCAUGCGGUCGUGGACACCGAAAGAGUCAUAAGGAAAGGCCAGACCCUCGUGGUCGACCAUGUCAUCACUAACAUCGGCGGCGCCUACGACAAUGAGUGCGGCGUUUUCACGGCUCCCGUCUGCGGAACGUACGUCUUUCUGGUCACGACGAGCUCGCUCCAAGGCCUGGUUCGCCUCGACCUCGUGCUGGAGGGCACGCGCAUCGCGCACAGCUUCGCGCUGGCCGACAGCCGCACCACGUGUCACGCUGUCGUGUCGCUUACGGCGGGUCAAAGGGUGUGGCUGAUGUCGUUGGAGGCGGACGUCACGACCUUUGACAGCGGGUGGGUCACGACCUUCACAGGAUGCCUGCUGCGUGCGGAUGUCGCUUCUGCAGGCGUUCCCAUGUGACGACGACGACCACCACCACCACCACUGCCACUGUCUGUACUACCAUCGCCAUCAGCAGCGUCACUGUCAUAUUUCACCCCGUUGAGUAGAGCAGUCAAGAAGAAAAGUUGUCUCAGGACAUGACCACCAUUCAUGCUUCGAACAUCAUCACACACCAUCCCCUACAAUAGUGGGUGGACGAAACUGUGCAGUGGCGCAAUGAUUAACCUGUCACCACCAAAUAAAUCACUCGCUAUAUUUUAAUAGGCUAAGAAAAAAUAGGCCGAGAGGAAAAAAAAUAGCCAUGGAUACAAAGAUCUUGCUUUGUCGAUGUUGUCGGCAUGUCAUAAUGUCAAACGGUAAAUGCGCUACUAGCUUUUGUCAUCAUCGUCAACACGAGGCUAUUUAACAAUUAAAAAAUUCAAUUAAUUAAUAAAAUCGUGAUGCAUUUGACAGUAUAGUUCCCGAGUGUUGCACUUGGUGGCUAACAUUUAGUGCAGUCACGAGAGGCCU